CUCACCAGUGGAGAACCAGACGGAGAGGAGGCCGGACCUGACAUCUGCACUACCACAGAGGUGCUUUGCGUAAAACCAGCCAUGAACGAUUCUGAACCAAAUACAGUUGCUGAGUACGGAGAUUAUUACAAUGUUUCCUGGGCAGGCAAGGCUCCAUGCGACUACAGCAAAGUGAGAGACUUUGGAAUGGUGUUCUUGCCCACGCUCUAUAGUUUUGUUUUCAUCACUGGCUUCAUAGGUAAUGGCCUGGUGGCGUGUGUCCUGGUGAAAAACCGCAACGAGACCAAUCUGACGGAUAUCUGCCUGCUCAACCUGUCUAUCUCUGACCUGCUCUUCAUAAUCUCACUUCCAUUCAUCGCCCACUACGCCGCUGCUGCUGAAUGGGUCUUCGGAGACUUCCUGUGCCGUUUUGUUUGCACUAUUUUCACUCUGGGAUUUUACAAUAGCACCUUCAUCAUGGUUGUCAUGACGCUGGAUCGCUAUGUGGUCAUUGUCCACGCUCACACAUUGGCACACCAUCGCACGUUGAGGGUAGGAAUGGCUUUGACCGUGUUCGUGUGGCUGCUGAGCGUGUGCAUCUCCCUUCCCUACAUGAUCUUCACACAAGUGAGAAAUGAUUCGGGUGUGUUGAGGUGUGAUUACUACACUGACAGCCAAGGCUGGAAGGAUUUCAACAUCCUAGCAAUGAACAUCUUUGGUCUCCUGCUUCCUCUGCUGAUAAUGGUAGCUUGCUACUCUCGGAUCAUCCCCAUUUUGAUGGUCAUGAGGAGCAAUAGCAGGCACCGCUCUAUCAAGUUGAUCAUCAUCAUCGUGGUCAUCUUUUUUUUGUUCUGGGCCCCGCAUAACAUCACCAUGUUUUUGUCCUUCCUGCAGUCAAGAAGACUGCUUCAAAAUGACUGCCAAAGGGAAGAAGCCAUUAGCUUCUCAAUACUAGUGACUGAGGCUAUUGCAUUUACUCACUGCUGUCUGAACCCCAUCAUAUAUGCCUUUGUAGGACAGAAGUUCAGGGAGCGUGUGCUGAGGCUGCUGAGGAACUGGUUUCCUUGUUGUUCCCUUCUCUCCUCCAGAGAUAUGUAAUAGA